AUCUACUUAACUUAUCUGAGAUGACUAUCAUGUUGAAUACCUGUGUAAGAUCUCGGAUAAAGAUUGUAAAUCUGACUUCAUCCAGUAUUUUUAAAAACUUCCUAGCUGUCAAGGUUUUACCCAUGUCUUCAAAUGCAGUCUCAGCAAAAGAUGAUGGACUGAAUAGUCAAGCAUCAUCCAAGGCCUUCAAAGAAAUUUUCAGAUUUCCUUACAUUAAAUUUGGAUAUGCCCUUAACAAGUUCAAGUGGGCCCAAACAUUAGUGACAGCAGCUGCUCUACCAGCAAGUGCAGCUUUCUACUUUGGAGGGGUCUUUAAUUCUGAUACCUUAGUUGCUAUUUUGAUUUCUGGUGUUGCUAUCACUUUGAACGUCUAUAUAUAUGGAAGUGCAUUUUAUCAAGCAGUUGGUUUUUUGUAUAUCAGUGAAGAUGGCUCAACUCUCAAGAUAUCUUACCUAGACUUCUGGGGAGAGCGAGUGAACAUGGAGGUUCCUGUCGAUGAUGUUAUGCCCCUUUCAGAGUGCCCUCAUUCUUUUAGCGACCGCUUUUUCAGAACUAUUUCUUUUUACUCUACAGAAAAACCAGCACCAAGAUUGUUUCUCAAGUUCGGGGGUAAAAUAACAGAUACAGAUAAGUUUAUCAAAGUAUUUGGUGAGCAUACUGAUUGAUUGCAAUACUGAUAAGACUGUACUACUAACAGACGUUGCUUUACCUUUCUGCACCGAUCAGGCUGAGAGAUGUUAGAGUGUCUUAGUUCUAAGAUACAGGCAUCCAGCCUGAAAGGACUAAACUAGGAAUACUAUGGCCAUAGCCUAACUUCUGAAAACUGUCACAGAAGUGAGAAAAGUACCUAUUAAAUUCACUGUCAAUUGAAGAGUGAAACAGUACUGAUCAACUGAUCAAGACUGCAGCAUAGGACGGGUCUUGGAUAAGUCAUGCAAAUUGUGAUUACAUGAAUAUAAUUGAUUGUUUUAAUUGAA